ACCAUGUGACGCUCCCUCUGCCGAGUCUCGCGGAGAGCAUCAGACUGCACCUUUUCCCCUCAAGAGAACGGAGAGAGAGAAGAGAGAGAGACAUUGAGUCAGAGAAAGAGAGCGCGCGAGAGAGGGAAGGAGAGCUAGAGAGAGAGACAGCGCGCGCGAAGUGGAGACCAAUAGCACCUUGUCGCUUGAAGGCGAGCCUGUGAUAAUUUCAUCCCUGUCCUGUAGAUCGGCUCUAUCUACCACCAAGCGCGCGGGUUCUCUCUCCUCUCUCGUGGCUUUGAGGUUCUCCUCAAAUGGGAAGCGAAAUCGACGAGUCGCGCGCCGCACUGUUGCCACGGAACCACAGGAUGUGCGUGAGGUCGCUGGAGAGAGUGAUGACGUGGCAGUGAGAGACACACAUACCUCACUCACACACACACACACACACACACACACACACACACACACACACACAGAUUUGCCCACACACACUUUAAGUCUUGCCCUACUAAGACUGGGAGGAGGGGGAGAAAAUUCUGCUAUGACGGUGUCAUUUCUCUCCAUUACUAAUGUGUGAGCCACACACCCACACACACACACUCAUACUCUGUGGGGAGUUGCCUUCAUGGGGGAUAAGGCCCUAUCUAGGGCACAAAAAUGGAGUUCGCAUCCUUUUUGUCACAUAUCUAACACUCACACAGAUGUACACACACAUGCACACACCUGGAAUCUCAUAUGUCAGAAGUGAAGACUGAAAGACUGAAUGGAGAGAAGACAUUGAACUUCUCAGAGAAGACAAACACCAGGCAAAGGCAAAAGAAGAUUCUCCAAGUGUGCUGAAAGGACGGAGGGAGCUGCUGUUUGACCCCCUCCCUCACUGGAGCUUUAUCGUGUAGGAGCUUCCUCUUGUAAAGAGCACUACCAAGAAAGCAGGGUGCACCUGAGACACAUAGAAAGUGUUCUACGAAGUGCCCUACAGUUGUCACCAUGAGUUGUAGGCUAGAGGGAACACCCCAGCUCUAGCCUCUAUUCCCUCCCGUGUGUGUGUGAGUGUGAGGGCGAGUGUGUGCAUGAGUGUGAUGGCGGUGUGUGUUUGGGCGGCAGCCCCCCUGCUCUUCCUGGGGCUGUGCCUGUGCAGCGUGGGGGGCCAGGCCCAAGGAGAGGUCCUGGAGUUUGGAGGUGUGUCCAGCCAGUGGGGACGGUUUCCAGUAUGGAACGCGUGCUGCGAGAGUGUGCUGAGCUUCAGCCUGCGGACUCACAGCCAGGAGGGCUUGCUGCUCUACCUGGAUGAUGAGGGCUUCUGCGACUUCCUCGAGCUGCUGCUUCUCCACGGCCACCUCCGCCUGCGCUUCUCCAUCUUCUGUGCUGAGCCAGCCGAGCUGCAGUCAGGUGUGGCGGUGAGUGACGGGCACUGGCACGCAGUGCGUGUCAAGCGGGACUGGAGGAACACCUCGUUGGAGGUGGACGGGCGACUGGAGGGAUGGGCGGAAGUGAAGAGCAAGAGAAGAGACAUGACAGUAUUCAGCCACACCUUCAUGGGCGGGGUGACGCCAGAACUCCACUCUUCGCCCUUGCGCCUCACAUCCCCUUCGGUGCGGGAACACCCGGCCUUCCGUGGCUGGAUCACGGCGGUGGGCAUCAAUGGCUCAUUGGUGACGCUGGACAGCUCGGAGGGCGUCACAGUAACAGCUGGCUGUGGGCCAGAUCACCAGUGCCAGAACGGAGGGGUGUGCAGCGUGGUCAACGACAAGGCCAUCUGCGACUGCUCCGACACCGGUUACCAAGGCAAUGACUGCAGCAAAGAGCACAGCUACACUCCAGGUCUGGCACACCUGAUGAUUGGCGACCAAGGAAAGCUCAGAGCUCGCGAGGAGUAUGUUGCUACCUUCAAGGGCUCUGAGUACUUCUGCUACGACUUGUCACCCAACCCCAUCCAGUCUAGCAGUGAUGAAAUCACUCUCUCCUUCAAGACGCUGCAGCGCAACGGCCUGAUGCUGCACACCGGCAAGUCAGCCGACUACGUCAAUCUGGCACUGAAGAACGGUGCCGUGUCACUUGUCAUCAACCUCGGCUCUGGGGCCUUCGAGGCCUUGGUGGAGCCCGUCAACGGCAAGUUCAACGACAACGCGUGGCACGACGUCAAGGUCACCCGCAACCUGAGACAGCACUCAGGCAUUGGACACGCUAUGGUGACCAUCUCUGUGGACGGCAUCCUGACUACCACGGGCUACACCCAGGAGGACUACACCAUGCUGGGCUCUGACGACUUCUUCUACGUGGGAGGAAGCCCCAGCACAGCUGACCUGCCCGGUUCUCCAGUCAGCAAUAACUUCAUGGGCUGUCUCAAAGAGGUGGUGUACAAGAACAAUGAUGUACGAUUGGAGCUGUCUAGACUGGCCAAACAGGGAGACCCAAAGAUGAAGGUAAGUGGGGUGGUGUCCUUUAAGUGUGAGAGUGUGGCCACGCUGGAUCCCGUGACCUUUGACACCCCAGAGUCUUUUGUGGCACUGAGCAAAUGGACAGCAAAGAAGGCGGGGUCAAUCUCGUUCGACUUCAGGACCACAGAGCCAAACGGGUUGAUGCUUUUCAGCCAUGGCAAACCCCGACAGCAGCAACGCAAGGACCCACGCACGCCUCCUGCAGUCAAGGUGGAUUUUUUUGCCAUUGAGAUGCUGGAUGGGCACCUGUACUUGUUGCUGGACAUGGGCUCAGGAACCACCAAGACCAAGGCUAUCGACAGAAAGGUCAAUGACGGAGAAUGGUAUCAUGUGGACUUCCAGAGGGACGGACGCUCAGGAACCAUCUCGGUGAACAGUGUAAGAACAGCGUACACGGCUCCAGGAGACAGUGAGAUCCUGGACCUGGAUGAUACUUUGUACCUCGGAGGGCUACCUGAGGACCGUGCUGGACUCAUCUUCCCUACAGAGGUGUGGACAGCUCUGUUGAACUACGGUUACGUGGGCUGCAUCAGAGACCUGUUUGUGGACGGGCAGAGCAAAGACAUCCGGAGGCUGGCCGAGGCCCAGAGGGCGGUGGGGGUGAAGCCCUCGUGCUCCAGAGAGCCACCCAAACAGUGCCUGUCCAACCCCUGCCAGCACAACGGCAACUGCAGGGAGGGCUGGAAUCGCUACGUUUGUGACUGCUCUGGGACAGGAUACCUGGGACGCUCCUGUGAGAGAGAUGCGACUAUCCUGUCGUACGACGGCAGUAAGUUUAUGAAGGUGCAGUUGCCUGUGGCGAUGCACACCGAGGCGGAGGACGUCUCGCUACGCUUUCGCUCCCAGCGGGCCUAUGGCGUUCUCAUGGCAACCACAUCCCGAAACUCCGCAGACACCCUUCGUCUGGAGCUGGAUGGGGGCCGUGUCCGACUCACUGUCAACCUAGACUGUAUCAGGAUAAACUGUACAGCCAGUAAAGGCCCAGAGACCAUCUUUGCGGGGUUGGGCCUCAAUGAUAAUGAGUGGCACACGGUGAGGGUAGUCCGGCGUGGCAAGAGCCUCAAACUCACCGUGGACGACCUGCAGCCUGUUGAAGGUCAGAUGACGGGCGACCACACCCAGUUGGAGUUCCACAAUGUGGAGACGGGUAUUGUGACGGAGAAGCGCUUCAUGCCUGCCGUGCCCUCCAAUUUCAUCGGCCACCUUCAGGGCCUUACACUGAACGGAAUGCCCUACAUCGACCUGUGCAAGAACGGCGACAUCGACUACUGCGAGCUCAACGCUGUUAUUGGCUAUAAGAGCAUCGUGGCUGACCCUGUCACCUUCCGCUCACGCUCCAGUUUUGUCACACUGCCCACGCUGCAGGCCUACUACUCCAUGCAUCUCUUCAUGCAGUUCAAGACAACGUCCCCCGACGGCCUUAUUCUCUACAACAGGGGAGAUGGCAAUGACUUCAUAGUGGUAGAGCUGGUUAAAGGCUACCUACACUACAUCUCUGAUCUGGGCAAUGGAGCACACCUGAUCAAGGGCAACUCUAACAGUCCCCUAAAUGACAACCACUGGCACAACGUGCACAUAUCCCGAGACACUAACAAUCUCCACACAGUCAAGAUUGACACCAAAGUCACCACGCAGACCACGAUGGGCGCCAAGAACCUCGACCUAAAGGGUGACCUGUACAUCGGGGGCAUCUCCAAAGAGAUGUACCGAGAACUGCCUAAGCUGGUCCACUCCCGCGAGGGAUUCCAGGGUUGCCUAGCAACGGUUGAUCUAAAUGGCCGGCUCCCUGACCUUUUGGCUGAUGCCUUGGCAACCAUGGGACAAGUAGAGAGAGGCUGUGAAGUUACAUUGAUGAAAGCUGACUUGCAAGGUCCCAGCACUACAUGUCAAGAAGACUCCUGCUCAAAUCAGGGAGUUUGUUUGCAGCAGUGGGAGGGUUUCACCUGUGACUGCAGCAUGACCUCGUAUGCUGGGCCACUAUGCAAUGAUGCUGGGACUACUUAUAUCUUUGGCCGUGACGGAGGCAUGGUGGUUUACACAUGGCCCCCUAAUGAACGUCCCAGCACCAGGGCAGACCGGCUUGCGCUUGGGUUCAGCACCCAACAGAAACAUGCCAUUCUGCUCCGUGUGGACAGUGCAUCUGGCCUGGGAGACUACCUUCAGCUGCAGAUAGACAAAGGCAACAUUAGAGUAGUGUUUAAUGUUGGCACUGAUGACAUCAACAUCGAGGAGAGCUCGAAGUUUGUCAACGAUGGGAAGUACCACAUAAUUCGAUUCACCCGCAGCGGAGGCAAUGCAACCCUCCAACUGGACGACCUGCCGGUCAUAGAGCGCUAUCCCUCAGGCAACAUUGAUAACGAGCGCCUGGCCAUCGCCAGACAGCGAAUCCCCUAUCGGCUCGGUCGAGUAGUUGACGAUUGGCUACUCGACAAAGGUCGCCAGCUGACCAUCUUCAACAGCCAGACAACAGUGCGUGUUGGUGGAGGUGAGCGAGGUACAGGUAUGUUCCAGGGCCAGCUGUCUGGCCUCUACUACAACGGCCUCCGCAUCCUUAACAUGGCCGCUGAGGGGCACCCGCACAUCAAAGUGGACGGCAGCGCAAGACUGGUUGGCGACAUGCCGUCCUCCUCCAUCACCCCACAGUCCAGUGCUGCAGCUGGGGGCAACCGCUCUGACUCCGCCCCCUCCAUAAGUGACAUCACAACUACCACGGCCACCAACAGGAAACAGGGUGCCACACAGCAGUCGGCAGACGACCUGCUGGUGGCUUCUGCUGAGUGUCCUAGCGAUGAUGAAGACAUUGACCCCUGUGACCCCAGUUCAGCCCGUCCUCCCCUACCGGAGGUGAAGGUGUUCCCAGGUCCAUCUGAGGUGGUGCGAGAGAGCAGCAGCACCACGGGCAUGGUGGUGGGCAUCGUGGCGGCUGCAGCCCUCUGCAUCCUCAUCCUCCUCUAUGCCAUGUACAAGUACCGCAACCGAGACGAGGGCUCCUACCACGUGGACGAGAGACGCAACUACAUCAGCAACUCGGCCACACAGCCCAACGGCAGCACCAAGGACAAGCCGGUGGGCAUCACCAAGAACUCCAAGAACAAGAAGAACAAAGACAAGGAGUACUACGUCUGAGGCGGAAGACGUCCGACAAGCAGACAUAUACGCAUACACCUUUAUAUAUAAUGGUAUAUGUACAUAAAUAGAUAUAUCCUCCAAAAAAAAAUACACACAUACACACUGACAUAGACAUGCUGAUGUUAAUGUUUACUCUCCAAUAAUCACACUUGCACACAUGCUGGCAAGCACAAACAUAUAUACAUUCAAGCACACACACAUACAUUUAAGCACAAACAUACACAAACACACACACACACAGACUGGCUCAAGGGCAUGGACCCUUAUUGUACAGUAUUUACCAAUGAGCAGAGCCUCUGAGAGAGGCUUGUUUUAUGAACAUAAACACCAUUCCAAAUGAUUUAAAAAAGCACCAGUUCAACUCCCAGUUAAGAACCAUUUUGGGGCCAGCCAGAUAAAACGACCAGUCGCUCCCCUGCCACAGUAGGACCUCUCCUGUUGGACUCAGAGAGGUCAAGGAAGACUUUAAGUGAAGCACAUGGCAGACUGAGUGUGUUGAGCGAGAGUGCAAAGCACCAGAACAAAGAUGAUGUAAAAGCACCAAGACAAGCACUAAGUGUCUCUUCCAAGCUUCUUGGCCUUCCUCCCUGUUUGCAGAUGGGACUCGAUAAAGCACUGAGGAUGCCGAAGAAACAAGCACACCGACGGUCCAAGUCUAACCCCAAACAACAGGACAGGAAAUCAGGGUGUAGCCAUAGAGACGGUGAAUUACGAGUAGGCAGAGGCAGGGCUGGUGCCAUUAAUAUAAUGGAUGGGCUGUGGCUGUUACGCUGCAGAGCUGAUGUUUUUCGGCCCCCGGUAAAUCAUGAAGGUGGAAUCAGCGGGAAACUGAGAGAUAUUUUCCUGGACAGGAUACUUGAGACUUCAGAUGCUACCUACAGACACCAGUCGUGCACGACUGCAGUGUCACACACACACACAUACAUACAGCACACAUACUAAAAUAUUAACAAUCUACAAAUGCAGACAUACACAUACCUGCGAUGCUAAAGACCCACCAUUUCUUCAUAAGACUGAAUACUAUACAAGAAGACAAUGGUGAAAAUAAGACCAUUAUGACAACUGUUAUGGCAAUGAUAAUGAAGAACAUUUGGGCAGUAUAGACUCUUUGGGGAAGGGGGGGGUCUUAUUGCACGUGAAUUAUCUUACUCCGUGUGAUUUAUACCGCGUUGAAACUCCAGAGGUUACACCGUGACGCACCACCAUCAUAAACUUACCACCUUGGCUUGCAGUAUUCCUAAAUACGCACUUCAAAUGGUUUUCAGUCUGUGGGAUUCAACAAUGAUUUAAUCUCAGUUCAAAUCCUCAUUGACAAAGUGUGACCAUCUCGAGUGUGCUGCAUGCCUGAGUUUCUGAGAUGUGAAGUGGUGGCGUGUCCAACGAAGUCCGGAGGUGGUAGGUUUGUUUGUCGGGGGAGGAGGAGGAGGAGGACGGGGGGUGUUGCGGGUUGCAAUGUAACUCCAGUGCAACACCUGGAUGUCUGCGCCCACCACAGGCCACGUCCUGUUUUCUAGCCUGAUGUCUUAUAGGCCACGCCCACUAUACCUGCUCUAACCAACCACCUUUUAUAGCAAAAACCAGCCGAGGAAAAGAAUCAAAAACAGAACAAAGUAAAUGUUACCAUGUGUUGCUAAUAGAUAGAAAAGUCCACUUCAUGAUGCCAUUGGCGAUAUGACAACUUGAGUUGCUUUGAUUUCAUUGGCUCUCCCUUUUCUCUCUUUCUCUUUGCGUCCUUUUGUCGGUUGACUGAUUUAUCAAUACUCAUGACGUGACCAAUACAGGACAGACAGAUAGGUUUCCGAUAAACUACAGUACAAUUAUCUGUUUAUGGACUUUUGCAGUGUCUGGGCCCUCUACAGCUCAAGAAUUGUAGCUCCAUGAUAUAUCAAUACAAACAGUGCCAUGACAUGAACAAGCCCCUCUAGUUCUUCCAAGUAACCAACCAGUCAGAUGCAUGCAAAAUGACAAGGGCAAGAAAGGACUGUGUGUGAGAUUUCAAAGUAAAAUGUCAAAAUUAACUUAACAUAUUCCCUUGUUCUCUCCAUCCUUAACUGGCCUUUUUGACCUCCUUUUCCUCCCUUCUCUUUUCCUAUCUGCCCUCCCAGUUCCUCCGUGUCUAUCGCUUUCUUUUCCCUCUAUCUAUGUUGUGUUGUCAUCUGAAACAAAGGAGGUGUCUCAACCAAUGGGAUUCUACAUCUAGGUGUUCAUUAACCAUGUUUAUUUUCUAUAUGUACAAUUUUUCUACAGUAUUUACUUUUAUUUUUAUUGUUACGGUUCUUUGAUGAACAUAAAGUGGAAAUUUAUUAUGAAAAAUAGUUUUGAAGAUUAACGAGUAAAUAAAAUAUUACCCAAGUGA